AUGGGCGCAUGGAAGGAGAUCCGGCCUCGGUUUUUGCCAGCUGUGAUCACCAUGUUUCUCCUCCUUCAGGUUCUUUUCUUGGUCAAUAUGUGUUAUCUUUAUGCAACGCAAUUCCGAAGUACCACCCGUUAUCACAACUUCAAUCUACUUUAUGUAGACUAUGAUGGAAGUAUCAUCGGCAAGUCAGUGACAGAUGCAUACCAGCAAUUGCGAGGACAUGGGUUCCCAACCUUGCUGUCGGAAUCUCCUAACGAAUAUGCCCAACCAAAGGAUAUUCAGGAAGCUGUAUGCCGGGGUGAGUACUGGGGAGCUAUCUACACCAUCAAGGGUGGAUCAGCUGAUCUGGCAUCGGCGCUGGAAAACGGGUCCAGCCCGCCCACUUCGCUUACUUACAUCUGGAACGGGGUGAGAUACCCGGUUUUCUCGCAGGCUGCGGUCUACUCCAACAUCUUGAAACUGAUUGAAACUACACGGUCAACAUACUACACCAACAAUGGAUCAUCAGUCGCCGCAUCCACCAACUUCUCUAAUGCAGCCACCCUCAAAGCGUUCCUCGACCCCAUCCAUGCCAAAGAAAUCAAUAUCAAGGGCACGGAACAAGGCACAAGAGUCUUCUACAACACAGUAUCCAUGGUGAUGCCAAUCAUUCAACAGUUCUUUUUCAUGUUGGCGCUGAACGGGAUAUCAACCCAUUUCGACUCAUUCAGCAAAUUGUCGUGGAAAGCAAACGGCCUGAUUCGCGUGAUAGCAUCCAUCCUCUACACCCUCACGGGAUCCCUAUUAAUGACUGGGUAUAUCUGGGCCUUCAGAGAGUCCUGGGGACAACAAGGAAGCCAGUUCGUGUUGACAUGGGUCGUUAUGUGGCUUCUUAUGCACAUAAACUUCCUGUUUCUCGACAUCACGACUGCCUUCAUCCCGAUUCAGUUCAUGCCGUUUAUUGUUCUGACUUGGGUCAUUCUCAAUGUCGCCAGCACCAUUAGCCCAUUUGAGCUGAAUCCCGGAUUCUUCCGCUGGGGCUAUGCUCUUCCUUCCCAUGAGGCAUACCAGGUCCUGAUCCAGAUCUGGUCUGGUGGAUGCAAUAAUCGGCUUUAUCGUGCGCUUCCUAUCAUGUUCUCGUGGUGGAUUGUUGGUGUUCCCAUUGCAGUUUAUGCGAUGCAAGUUCGUUGCAAAGCGGCUGUGGCUGCUCAGGAAGCACUGGAGCGUGCAGGACUGGACAGUCAAUCCGAAGCUAAACAUACGGCAACAAACGAGACGGUGGCGCCAGUUAGUAGCUCACCUCGCGAAUUUGGGCAAGAUGGGGAGUCAGUUGAGGCUGUUCCUCUUCGUCAUAUUGCCUGA